GGAGCAAAGAACAUUUUGCAUGUAACCCGGCCCACCAAUCUCGCCUCUUCUCUGUCAAACACGACUGGAAAGAUUUUUGCUCUCCUUCAGAAAUCAACGAAAUGGCCGUAUCCGAUCUUUUCUUAUCGUCAUCCCCCGCAACCCAACCGUUCUGGCCCAGACCCACCGUCAUUUCUCGCCGGCAACACCAGCCGUACAUAUCACUGAUAAGGAGACCGGCCGGAGCUCCGGCGCGGGCUCAAUCCAAGGGCAGCGACGCGGCGGAUGGUCCCGACCGUUUGAUCUCCGCCAUCACUUACUUCUACCCUUUCUUCGACGGCGUCCAGUACGGGAGGCACGUGGUGGCCCAGUUCCCGGCGGUUCAAGCUCUGAUUCAGCCUCUGGUCCCGGCGAUCCGGGUGUUCAAGAGCACCCCGAUUAACGGGAUUCUGGUGUUCUUCACCCUCUACUUCGUCGUCGUCCGUAACCGGAACUUCAGCAGGUAUGUGAGGUUCAACACGAUGCAGGCUAUUGCGCUCGAUGUGCUCCUGAUUGUCCCGGAUCUUUUGGAUCGGAGCUUUGACCCGGGAGACGGGUUCGGGUCGGGUCUGAUGAUGAGCUUCGACAGCACUGUUUUCUUCUUCCUCUUGGUCUGCUUGAUCUACGGGUCGUCUUCUUGCUUGAUGGGCCAACUUCCCAGAUUGCCCCUUGUUGCAGAUGCUGCUGAUAGGCAAGUGCUAUGAGCUUUUUGGUAAUUUUCCUUGACUCUACUCAUGAGCUUCUUCUUCCAUGGUUACUCACUUGGAUCAAUUGAACUGUUCUUUCGACUUGAAUUUAUUGAACAGAAUUGAACUUUAACCAGAAAGGAAUUUAAUUGAGUUGGAAGUUAGUUACUCCAUUUAAUUUUGCUCAAAAGUGUUGAACUGAAUUGAAUUUCAGUUUUGAAAUUUAGUACCUUUUUGAUUGAUACUAGAGAAAAUCUGUUAGAAAUUUGUUCUGAGGAUAAGCGCUUUCAAAUCAAAGUUAUUUUGGGUAUACCAAUUAAAAAGGUUAAGACGUU